GGAGCGAUCUCAUACUUUGCGUAUUGACGUUGAAUAGCUCUGCAUCUUAUCACUUCAGCUUCUCUUCAAAAUGAGCGAGCUAACAUACGACACGCUCAUGGACGAUGGUAACUAUCUAGGCUCUGAAAGAGCCCGGAUGGAAAAUAAAGUCAUCUUGGACGAAUUGGAACGGAAGAAGAAAGCAAGGAAUAUGGCUGUACCGACGGAUGAUAACCGCGUAAAAGCAAGACUUAGGGAAAUCGGAGAACCUAUUACCUUGUUUGGUGAACGGCAAGCAGAUCGUAGAGACCGUCUGAUAUAUGUCCUGUCACAAAUAAAUGCUGCUCGUGGCGAUGAUGCAAUGCAAGUAGAGGAGGAAUCCUCCGAAGAAAGCGAAGAUGAGCAGGAAGAGUUCUAUUCAUUAGGCUCGUUAGAGCUUCUUGAGGCACGUAGACGCUUAGCGGAGUACUCUCUCCCCAGAGCUCAAAAGCGAGUCGCCCAGCAGCGGAUAGACAGCAAAAUGUCUUUAGGUCGAAUCAUCGACUUGAGAAAAAAGAUAUUUGCUGAAGUCAAGAAAUACAGUAAUCUGGGCUCGCAGAUAGGCGACGAGCGGCCAAUAUCACAAGUUCGCUUUGCACCGAAUAGCAAGAUCCUUGCUACAGGUAGCUGGUCGGGAACAGUGAAAUUAUGGAGUGUUCCAGCUUGUACGACUAUUCGAACUCUGCGAGGGCAUGGUGAACGAGUGGGAGGUGUUGCAUGGCAUCCUCAAGCGACUUUGUCCCAAGGUGAGGGGCUAGUCAAUCUUGCCAGUGGUUCUGGGGAUAUGAACGUGAAUCUGUGGUCUUUGAACAGUGAUGUACCGCUUUCAGUGAUGAAAGGGCAUGCAGACAGAAUCUGCCGUGUUGCCUUUCAUCCUUCCGGUGACUAUGUUGCGAGUGCAAGUUUCGAUACAACUUGGCGGUUAUGGGAUGUGGCAACCUCAAAAGAACUGCUACUCCAGGAGGGUCACUCGAAAGAGGUCUACUCAGUGGAAUUUCAAGAUGACGGGGCCUUGGUUGCUUCUGGUGGCCUUGAUGCUAUUGGUCGGGUUUGGGAUCUUCGUACAGGUCGCACGGCUAUGGUCCUCGAUGGCCAUGUUCAAGCAAUAUUUGCGAUCGCUUUCUCACCAAACGGAUACCAAAUUGCCACUGGCGCUGGUGACGAUACUAUUCGGAUAUGGGACAUGCGCUCUCUAAAGGCCCUGUACACCAUCCCUGCUCAUCUUUCUAACGUUUCCGACAUUCGUUUCUUCCGAGGUGGUGAUCUACCAACAAAACAAAUAGCAACUGACAUCACCAUGAAUGGGACGGAGGAGAAUCCAGAUGAGAGCCAUGACGUAGAGACGAAUAUAUCGGAGGAGUGGAAAUAUCGGUCAGGGUCAUAUUUUGCUAGUUCUGGGUAUGAUGGCUUCGUCAAAUUAUGGAGUGCGGAUGAUUGGCAACUCCUUCGCACCCUUGCGACGGACGCUGGAAAAGUCAUGUCAGUCGACUUAUCCAGUGAUGCCCAGCUCCUUGCAUCAGGGACGUAUAACCGUAAUUUCCAGUUGUUUGCGCCUGAGGAUGUUCCGGUAUAACUUGGUAACAUAAAAUUUGACGUGGAGCAUAAUACAAUUGUGAUAACCAA